AGCAGUGGAGAAACAUGGCGUCGAGCAAGAAGGGCAGCGGGGGUGGCCGGCUGGAGAAGGGAGUGAAUGGAAGACGCUCGUCCAAGCACAGGGAGGGUCCAGUGGUGAUGGACACCAAGGCAGUGUUUGUGGCCCUGUACAGCGUGUGCGAAGAAAAUGCCGCUUUCUUCUCGGGAGGAGCCAAGGGAACGCAGGGCGAGGCGGCGCGGCGGCUGGUGGACACGAUGAACUUGAUCCAGGAGCACGCUCGCAGUCUGGAGCCGGUCAUCUCUGGAUUCGCUUUAGUUUACCAUCAUUUUGACUUUGAUCCACACAUACCUGCUAACGGCUAUCGUUCGCUGGUCAAGGUGGUGCGUUGCUGCAUCCUCCACAUCAUCCACAAGGGGCGCUACAUCACAGCCAAUCGCCGCAGCAUCUUUUUUCGAGUAGCGCACAAUGCAGGGGAGAUGGAGGCGUACUGCAGCGCCCUGUGUCAGCUGCGUGCCCUGCUCUACUUGGCUCAGCGCAUGCUACAUGACAACAGCUUUGGCAACCUGUUUUUCCAGGAUGAAAGUGGCCUCAGCGAGAGCUUUGUCCGCGAGUACGCCUCUAUGCACAAGGGCUGCUUCUAUGGCCGAUGUCUGGGCUUUCAGUUUACUCCAUCCAUCCGACCCUGUCUCCAGACCAUUGCUAUCGGCCUUGUGGCCUUUGGAGAGAACUACAAGCGCCAUCAGUCAGGAAUAGGGGUGGCAGCCAGCUCGCUCUUUAACUCGGGGAAGUACGCCAUUGACCCUGAGUUGAGAGGGGCGGAAUUUGAACGCAUCACCCAGAACCUGGACGUCCACUUUUGGAAGAGCUUCUGGAACAUUACUGAGAAUGAACUCCCGUCGAGUUUGGCAAGUAUGACAUCCACUCAAGUUAAGGUGAACCGGCCGCUCUCUGUGCCCCCUUUGCCCUUUGACCUUCCCUUGGCGGCCAACCCCAGUGCAUCUGUAACUAUUUCUCCACCGUCGGCGCACAUUGGCGCUGCUCCGGUUCAGAUGAGGCUCAUCUCUUAUGACCUGCGUGAAGGACAGGACAGUGAAGCCCUGCUAGCUCUCUCACGCUCUGAGGGAGGCUCCAUCUCUCUGUCGCUGGGGUUGAAGGCCAAGCGACUCCCCCCUUCUCCUUGCUUGCUAAUCCACUUCCAUGGGGGAGGCUUUGUGGCCCAGACAUCCAAGUCCCAUGAGCCCUAUCUGAAGAGUUGGUCCCAGGACCUUGGUGUCCCCAUCUUGUCAAUUGACUACUCCCUGGCCCCUGAGGCCCCCUUCCCGAGGGCCUUGGAGGAGUGCUUCUAUUCCUACUGCUGGGCUCUGAAAAACCACCACCUACUGGGUUGGACUGGAGAGAAAGUGUGUCUGGCUGGGGAUAGUGCAGGAGGCAAUUUGUGUUUGACGAUGUCGAUGCGAGCUGCUGCCUUUGGUGUUCGAAUGCCAGAUGGCAUCAUGGCAGCCUACCCGGCUACCCUGCUGACUGCCUACGCAUCGCCCUCCCGUCUGCUUUCACUGAUGGAUCCCCUGCUUCCACUCAGUGUGCUUUCCAGGUGCCUCAGUGCCUACGCAGGCGACGAGCCACAGGCCGAGAAGCAGGUAGAGAAAGUGAGCACCCUGAGCCUGGUGAGGAGGGACACGGCGCUGAUGCUGCAGGGGGCCUCCAACUGGAUCCAUUCUCUGCUGAAUCACAACAGAGCCCCAGCUCCUCCCAGCACAGCUGCAGAGGCGCCACCAGGAGCCACUGAUGCAGUGAGGAAGAGCAUUUCAGAGGCGUCCUUCUCUUCCCCUCACGCGGACCCCCCUGUGGCCUCCGGACCCUCAGAGCUCCUCACCAGGAAAUUAUCUGUGAAGAGCCAGACAUGCCAGGACUUGGGGUCUCACAGCAGCUCCACUUUGCACAGCGCACCACUGCUGUCUGAGCGCACUCCAGAAGAUGUGAAUUUCUACCUCUGCAAGGAUCCGGAUCCCUCCGUGUCCAUUGACCUGUCUUCAGUGGCCAUACCACCACCUGCUGGAGAGGAGGGAUCAGAGCUGGAGUACCCCAGGGAGUUCCCCCUGGGGUUCGAACCUCUGCGUUCAGAGCAGCUGGCUGAGAUGAAGUUGAAUAGUUCUCCGGUGGUCAAGGAUCCUUACUGCUCACCUCUUCUGGCCCCUGAUGGCAUGUUGACAGGCCUGCCACCUGUACAUAUAGUGGCUUGUGCAUUAGACCCCAUGCUGGAUGACUCCGUGAUGUUUGCCAAGCGUUUGAGGAACUUGGACCGGCCCGUCACUCUGUGUGUGGUGGACGACCUCCCCCACGGCUUCCUCAGCCUCUCGCAGCUCUCCAAGGAGACGAGAGAGGCGGCCAACGUCUGUGUGGAGCGUAUCCGCGCUGUCUUCACCCAGACGGACAUCCCCCCCGAGCCUCGCAAGCACCGAAAGCUGGAACGGACCGAUAGGGAUGUGUCGGCCUCUUCUGGGGAAGGCGCCUCUCUCUUUGCUGUCCCCAUCGAGGAGGAGGAGCAGGAUGUCGGACGUGGGGUCAAAAUUGCUGAUGGGGAGGACUUAGUUACAGUGGCAGCCCAGAAUGGCACUGAUGCUGGCGGGAUUGGGGCUUAAAUGAGGAUAGAUUAAAAAAAAAUGUUCACCCGAGGAAGGAAGGAAGGAAGAAAGAAUAAAUGAAAGUCAGACCAAUGUAGGCAGUGCAGUGCCUAAAAACACAAGAGAGAUAUUAUUCUACAAAUAAGAAAAGAGGGAGGUGGGUAGUGAAGGAGAAUGUCCGGUUUCCAACACAGAAAUCUUCCUCUGCCACUAAAGACACUCCUGUUAAAGAAUCUAAUGGUAAUUUAAAAGCCACUUAGAUCAAAGAGCAGCGCUCACCCACACAUGAAGCACACAUAAUUACGAGUUGCUGUCAGGCAUCUCGGGCUCAAAGCAGCGCAGAAGAUUCUUGAGACGAAGCCUGAACGGGUGAAUCAUCCAGGCCGACGCAGUCAUUUCAGACCUUAAUCAGCCGGUGGUGGGCGCACGAUAUGCUCCUGUAUAGAGUCAUCUCUGUCAAAAUGGCCACUUGUCCUUUAGGCAGCCACUCUAACUCACACUUAAUAAGCCUCUGCUGUGUUCUUCAUUACGUUGGUCUGGCAGCCGAUGCAGCUCACGUUGUGGAUAAUAACUGCACACUCUCUCUCUCAAAUAGAAUUAAAAAGGUAAAAUGCAACAAGAAAAGCCCCAAACUGGAGGAAUUGCAUCUUGAGAUUCUGGUGCAGUUUUAAAUCAUAUUAUUAACCCUAUGCAGUAGUUUUACUUUUGUUAUUUAUAUCUUUUUUUGUAUUGCAGUAUAAUCAGAAUCUUGACGGGUUCACAUGUUGAUUUGUGCGUUAUAUUGUUUGUUUAUUAUAAUCUUAUGCUGUUUAUUCCACAAUCGUUAAAUGUGUUUGAUAUUUACCUCUGCCUCUUUAGCCACUGCUGCUCCGACAUCCCGGGACUGUCCCAUUCAACACGUACCUUGUUCUCACUAAUGCAUACUGAUGGGAUACAGCACAUGUAGAAUAUUACACAUCAGUCCCCAAUCUAGAUGCUGCCUGGUGCUUUUUGUCGUGCUGAUAUUAUUCAUGCAAAUACUGCAAUUUAUUGAUUGCCAUGGUGGCAUCUCAUCUAUAGGAAUCUUUAAAGACCCUCAUCCGCAAUCACUGCUGUGAGCUGCCUGAAAGAGGCUAAAUGAUUUUACUUUUAUUUUUGAAAGCGGCUGCUCGACCUUCUCUCUCUGCAGAACUGAAGUGAGGGAGGGAGGUGGGCAGCGAAAAAGCUCAGCCCUCUGCUGUCAAUACAUAUUUUAAACUUCACUGCACUGACUUUUCUCCCAGGUUGUUCCCGGUCCUCUCCAGGUGUUAUUGCUCAAUACUUUUUUCUGCACCGUAUGCACUGUGGCAAAGUACCACUUCUCUCCAGGGGAUUUCCUGCCUGACAACCGUUUUCCAAGGAAAGAGAUUGUUAGCGUGCUGUGUAAAUGCCACAUACGUUGUGUCUGGUCAGCUGAAGGUGCUGCCAGUGGAGGUCCAGACUUUCUUCUCUGCUCCCCACCAUCGCAUUUGGGGUUGACUUUGUUUUCUAUAACCCAAGGACACUCCUCAGAGCGAGAUGCCACUCAAGCACUUUGAAGUGCACUAAAAUGUCCUUCGCAGGGUCGGUCCCUCUAUCAGGUCCAACUAAAUAUAGAUGCCAACAAUGCUGGCACUGUCCUGCCCUUGCGUGGGGACGGGGCGGGGGUUGCCAGGUCUGUAGAGAGAGAUGCUGUGUGAUGAAUAGGAUUUAGCCGGAGCUCUCGAGUAAAAAAUCCUCCCUCCUGUAGAAGAGCAGGAUUUUCAGCAGCAAAGUCAUGCUACAGGAUUAGGCCAUGCUCAGUUCUGUCAGCUCCGAGUACUUACCGCAAUAUUUUUAGUCAGAUUGAUGGAGAGAACCAGGGCCGUGAAGAGGAAGAAAGCAAUACACUCAUUCUCUCGGAUGCGCCGGGCUGAAGUUUGCUUCGCGAGCUGCGCUUAAUGCUCGCUCUGCACUUUCGCAGUAGUUUGCUAUGGCAAUCCACGAAGUGUAUUUAAGCUUAAACUUGUAAACGCGUCGUUUUUAUUAUUGUGUUUUUCCCUCCUUCGCUCGGUGCCUGUGAGGGCGGCUGGAGUGGAGUCGAGCAAGUUAGUCUCUGUAGAAACGUGAGCUCACACUCGGGCACGUCCUCUUUGUUUGUGGCACCCCACAGACGAGACUAUUACCUGCAUUAAUCAUCUAGUGUUGUUUGGAGAAGUCGGACCUCUGGCACAGCAUAGUUUGUGAUUUAAAGUAAAUGGACUCCACUGACAGAUCCAGCGCAUAUGGAGACGAGCAGGUUUGAUCGGUCAUCAGCACUUUUUUAUAUACGAAGAAAAGAAAUUUGUGUCAAAUGAAUCCCCGUCUGCGUUUUGACCUUCAUGUGACUCCUUACGAUGAGUCUGGCUCAUCUGCGUGCCGCUGACGGACCAGAGCCCGUGUGGUUGAUUGUGGUCUGAAGAGUUUGUCAGCGAUUAAUUUAGUUCUCCCAUCCCAGGCACAAGCUGAAAUGUCUGAUUCAGUCCUGUUUCAAUCAGUGUUGCUGCUUCACAGUCUCUGUGAGAACAAUCCACAGGGCACCUUUACAAUCCCAAAUCCUCCCUGUUAGUACACAACUAGUUUCAGUGGUUCGAUUUGUACUGUAUACCUCUACUGUUGUUUUUUUUUUACUCUUGGAAAGCUGCUCUCACUCGAGAAUCUCUUUGCCCAGAGUUGAUUUCAAUGAAGUGCAAUGAAAAAGGCAACGCUGCUGCAACCGUCAGCUGGUUGGUUCAACCUGUAGGUCAACAUUCACAGCUGCACACCAGCACCACUCUACUUUUCUUGUUAUACAAUGUGUUUGAAUCACCUCAAGUUUAAACGUCAUAUUUAGCAACAUACAUAUCGUGUCCUGUUGUAGAUUUAACAAGAUUCCUCGAAGCUUGAUUAUUUUUUACAAAUGACCUCGACCACUUCUCAGAAAUGUUUCCUAAUGACAAACGCUCAAUUCAAUCAGAUAAGUUUCAUUUCAGGUUCAUUUCAGGCAGAACCAAAGAUCUUGUAACACAUGUAAUGUUCUGUCCUUGCUGUUCACUGGUAUUUAAAUGCAGGUGCUAGUCGAAGCCAUAAUCCUCCUGCAGCCCAUAUGCAAAUUGCUCCAAACUGUAAAAUGCAAUGCUGACUUAUAACAAGAUUAUGCUUUCAAAAGAACAAGCCAUAGACUGGAACCUAAGUUGUUUAAGAGUUUAUUUUGUACUUUUUUUAUUUUCUUUUAUUGAAAACACCACAAGUGCAAACCUGUGAAAAAAAAAAAGAAUGUAUAUGAUAUGAUCCAUGUAGAUAUUUUUACUUUCAGAUUUGUUGAUCAGGUUGAUUGCAGAUUUAUUGUUUUUUUGUUUUUUUUUGGACUGCAUUUUCUUUCCCUCUGUUGAUUUUUAUCUAAAUAAAUAUAU